AGUAGAAUUUUCCAUGAGCUGUCACAGAUCUCUCACAGGGACUGAGGAAGAAGCUAAGAGAAACAGGAGGAGUUGGCAAAGGAUUGAGACAAUCCGGAAGCUGGGUUGCCUGCUGCAAGGAAGUAGGAAGGAGGGGCCAUCUUGACAUUAGAGCUUGGUGAACACUACCUGCUCCAAUGCAGUUUCCCAUGGGUCCUGCCUGCAUCUUCUUGAGAAAAGGCAUUGCUGAAAAGCAGCGGGAGAGACCACUGGGACAGGAUGAAAUUGAUGAGCUCCGGGAAGCAUUUCUUGAAUUUGACAAGGACCAAGAUGGGUUCAUCUCUUACAAGGAUUUGGGCAAUCUCAUGAGAACGAUGGGUUACAUGCCUACAGAGAUGGAGUUGACUGAGUUGGGCCAGCAAAUCCGAAUGAACCUUGGUGGCCGUGUAGACUUUGAAGACUUUGUGGAACUGAUGACCCCCAAAUUGCUUGCAGAGACAGCAGGGAUGAUUGGUGUCCAGGAGAUGCGAGAUGCCUUCAAGGAGUUUGAUACCAAUGGAGAUGGGGAGAUCACACUGGCAGAACUGCAGCAGGCCAUGCAGAGGCUGCUGGGGGAGAAGCUCACACCCCGGGAGAUUGCUGAGGUGGUACAGGAGGCUGAUAUCAAUGGAGAUGGCACUGUUGACUUUGAAGAGUUUGUGAAGAUGAUGUCUCGUUGAAGAGGUAAUAGAAGCUCCAGGCACAUGCUGCCUUGUCAACAUGGCUGAGCACUUGCAGAGCACUGGAUACCCAGAAUACCUUAAAGGAUGGAGGUUGGGAGUAGGCUUGCCCCAGUAUGGAGUGGGGUGCAACUGCAAACAGUUGCUUUGCUUCUUGGGAGCAGGGACAUACAUAGAAGCAAGUUUAGAAGGAAGACUCUAUGUAUAUAAAUCUGAAUUAUACUAGGAUCUAGUGCCACUCAAGCAUGCCAGAAGCUAUGGCAUCAUUUCCUAAUCUCUUUCCCACCACGUUCUCCUUCCAUGACUCCCUUGGUUAAAAGAUGGCAUGGAACUUUUUCACAGUCCAAAGGAAAGAAAAGAAAGCCUUUCAAAAAGUUACACACAUAGCUUAUCUUUCCCCUGACUACUCUAAAAACGACGCCAUUUCCUUCUCUUGGUAAGAGAGUGUCCCACUAGUCACAGGGUUAUAAUGAAAAUCCUAAUAAGUAUCAGUUUAGAAAUGUCUCAGGAUGAGGCAUUCACAGUUGUGUUUUUCCAGUUCCUCAGAAGCAGAGUCUGUUACUCCCCCUGUAAACAUCCAUGUCCCUGCCCUAGUGUGAGAUAACCCUGGAGGAACUGAGCUAAACUGCAAAUCUGGAUUAUAAAGGUUUAGUGCAAGCUGAUCCCUGCGAAUAUUUAAUCCCCUGCAAAAUCAAAGAGAGAGAGAGAGAGAGAGAGAGAGAGAGAGAGAGAGAGAGAGAGAGAGAGAGAGAGAGAAUUCCCCAAAUCCCUAGCCCAAGCCAAGUGACUGCAACAUCCUUCCUGGAAGCCCUCUGCUGCUGUGUUGAUUUAUCCCUGGCUUCUCCAGGCUUGUUUCUCUACCUUAGGUAGUUUGUGAACUUCACCCCUCAUGUAUGGAUAUGGAUCUGGACCCUUCAGUUGCUUUAUCAUUCAAGAUAAAGAAUUUGUGUCAUAUCUUCCUCCAAGCUUUUCUUGCAUUGAAGUCCAUUAUCUAGAAAUAUAGAAAAUGUCAUCUGAUCCUUGAUCCAAUAGCUUCAAUUUAUAUGACUGAAAUAAAGUAAAAGUAGAAGAAGA